CGCUCAUUCAUCUUCAAGCUUCCACCACACUCAUUGACAGGGUCGAUCGCUGGUCGUGGCCUAUCUUUUUUUUCGAUCUAGACGUACAAGCAGUGCUUGCAUUGAUCAUCGGUCUCGACGACCUUCCCAACCUCGCUCAUUUUCACAGUACCACGCGACAUACCCGCACCGAAAAGUCACACAAGAUGCAUAUGUUUAACGUCAUCACCUCCGCCCUGUUGCUGGCAACUCAUGCAGAUCUUCUCUCAGCCAAGGCAAUCAACCAUCUGCCAAAUGCGCUCAGAAGACGGGACUAUUUUGACAAGAUUGGAAGGGAUGUAGACAAAAUUCUAAGACGAGAACCACAACCUCAGUCUUCCGGAACUCUAUCUGUUGCGCAACCCAACAAUAUGACCAACGCGACCAUUGCGUCUGCUUGUGUCGAUGCCUUGGGUUCACUCACCUCAGUCACCAACCCAGCCGGUCUGGCUGCCUGCUACAACAUUAUACAAUACGAUGCCACACAGGGUGUUUUCACGGCAGAUCUGCGACUCUACUCCAUGUUCCCGGCCACGGGAAGUUUUGAAGGUCUUGCAGUCAACGACCUACAAAUUGGACUCAUGUAUCCCGCCAGCACCACAUUCCAGUCAUUAACCAAGAGGAAGAAGCGAAACGUCGAGGAACGAGAUACGAGCAACGUGUCCGAGAUUCAGCAAUACUCUCUGUUCGGCACAUUCGAAAGCAACUUGGACCUCAACAAACUAAACGACACUCAAGUCAUGUCGCUCAUGCUGCCAGCCAUCACACUCAACGCCGUCGAUUCGUCUGGUAAUCCUAUCACAGCAAACGUCACUGGGUCCGAUGGCGCGUGGUUCGUCAUCGGUCAAUUCAAGGACGAUUUCAAAACUAGCCUGGUUUCACCUACCGUGGCGACUGCCGCCAUUGCUGCCGCUGCACCUUUUGUCUUGCCUGGAAGGACAUUCGGCAUUUUCCCCAUUGGUUUUAUCGUCACUGGAUCAUGGACUGUUUUGUUCCUGAUCGCGUACGGGGUUGGCACUCUGGGGCGCAUCAAAUAUAGAAGUGCGUACAGGAAGAGAAAAGCUGCUCAGGCUGGAAGAACGGGAAAGAAGAUAUAAACUGUGGAUCGCCAGAACAAGACCUGGGCGAGAAUAUGGUGGGUCUGGACAUUUGGACACUUUGGAUGAUGGGAUACCCUCGUUUUACGUCGAGUUGGAUUUGCGCAGUGGGAUUUGGUGUAUCAAUAGCGGCAUUAGCAUGGGAGUUAUCUGGACAGCGAAGGAAAUGAAGACAUGAUAGAGACUCGACAAGAUGAUGAUUACGUGAUCAUUGAUCCAUUUUUUGUAUAGCCAAAAAAUUUCGGCGACAUGGCUCUUCUUUCUUCCCCGCAUAUUACU